UGGAUGGCUCUCUGUACAAGGAAGACAUGAUGGAGGAUUAGAGGCACAUGUCCUCUCUUGGGCCUCUCAUGUCCAAAUCUGACCUCAUCUCCCGGCUUGAAGAAAAGGAGGAAGAGCUGCUGGUCCAGGAGACGUUGACAGCUGGUGAUGUGUGGGAGAAAAGAAAUGAAAAAGCACAUCAGGUGUCCAAGGAAACUGAUAAGUGGCCAAACGUGGAAGAGAAAGUUUGGAUAACGGAAACACCUAAACAAAAAAGAGAGAACAAAUGCCCUAUGUGUGAAAAAACAUUUGCUUGUAAAUCAGCCCUUGAUGACCAUUGGAAAACUCACAGCGUGGAAAAACGAUAUAAAUGCCUUGAGUGUGGAAAGAGUUUCGGGCUGAGCAGAAUACUUAUCUCCCAUCAAAGAACACACACAGGGGAGAAACCAUUUAACUGUCCGGAGUGUGGGAAAGCGUUUAGUCAGAAGGGGGCGCUUAUUGUCCAUCAAAGAAUACACUCAGGAGAGAAACCAUUUAAAUGCUUGGAGUGUGGAAAGCGAUUCCACCACAGUGGAGCCCUUCAAGUACAUCAAAGAACGCACACAGGGGAGAAGCCGUUUAAAUGCCUGGAGUGUGGAAAGUGCUUCAACCAGAGUGGAGCCCUUCAAGCACAUCAAAGAACGCACACAGGGGAAAAACCAUUUAAAUGUCUGGAGUGUGGAAAGAGUUUCAGACAGGCCUCUGCCCUUAAUUUCCAUCGGACAACUCACACAGAGGAGAAGCCGUAUACAUGCCUGGAGUGUGGAAAAAACUUCAGUCAGGCUUCUCUCCUUUCUUCCCAUGAAAGAACACAUACAGAUGAGAAACCAUAUAAAUGUCUGCAGUGUGGAAAAAGCUUCAGACAUAAUUCUGCUCUGAAUUCCCAUCAAAGAAUUCACACAGGGGAGACGCCAUUUCAAUGCCUGGAGUGUAAUAAGACCUUCAGCCGAAAGUAUGACCUUGCUUCACAUCAAAGAAUUCACACAGGAGAGAAACCAUUCGAAUGUUCACAGUGUGGAAAGAGCUUCCGUCUGAAGCAAAGCCUUUCUAGUCAUCAGAGAAUUCAUACAGAAGACUACCCAUUUAAAUGCCUGGAGUGUGGAAAGAGCUUUAGCCAGAAGCAUGUCCUUGUUUCUCAUCAGAGAACUCACACAGGAGAGAAACCAUUUGAAUGCUUGCAGUGUGGAAAGAGCUUUAGCCAGAAGUAUGUCCUGGUUUCACAUCAGACAACUCACACAGGAGAGAAACCAUUUAAAUGUCUGCAGUGUGGAAAGCGCUUCAGGCAGAUGCGUGGCCUUAAAGCACAUGAAAUAAUUCACAUUGUGGGGAAAGCUACAUAAAUGCUUAGAGUGUGAAAAACAUUUCUGCCAGAAUGAUACCUUUAAUUUCCAUCAGAGAAGUCACAGAGGGCAGAAACCAUAUCAAUACUUGGAGUGCGGAAAGAACUUUAGUUGGCGACAGUCUCUUACAUUACAUCAAAGCACUCAAACAAGAGAGAAAGCAUAUGCUUGGAGUGUGGGAAGGGCUUCAGUUG